AUGGGUGAUAGAUGGAAUUACCAGCCAAACCGUGCGCCCUACCAAGAUCCGUCUCGCAAGGAUUGGAGUUACAACGGCUACCAACCACAAACACGUGCCCCUGAUUAUUUCAAUCACAACAACUUCGGUGUUCCCAUGCAAUAUGGAAAUAGAGGAGUUCCAAAUCAUUGCGAUCGCACCAAAUUCGCCCCAGUACAGCAGCAGUGCUCAGGACCGAUGCCUACCUUCCCUCUUAAUCCUAAUGCAGCGGCCUUUGUUCCAAGGAACUAUCAUCAACAAAAUCCAUCCGGACCGGCCAUGUCAUACUAUGGUGAGGAAGCCGAUGUACGUGCCUAUGAAGCCAUGUACAAUCAGUUUCCCAACGGUGCUGUGCUAGAAGAAUAUAUUCCUUCGCAAGAGUUGCAUCAUGACAUGGUUCAAAGUGAUAAUGUCGUUUCCCUUCAAGAAAUCCAAGUUGGUUUGGAGCAAAUUCUGAGCGACACUGAUGACUUUGACUCGUGGGCCGGGGCCAUCCGUGACAGGAUGCUCGAGAAGCGUAUGUCACCUCCGACUCGAGCGGUUGCUGUGCAUAUGAUUUUUGAGAUGGCCAUCUCUGUAGCACCUCGUCCGUUGUCUGGGAACAACCCGCAACACACACUUGCUCGGCUGUUGAAUUUCUUGUGUUUGGAGAUUCCGUCCUUACUACGUGACUCCGUGCUGAAAUUGCUUGGCGAUUUCCACGGGAAACGCCUCACUUUUCAUCCAGAGCACAGGAUUAAUUUGUGUAUUUUCUUCGCCGAGAUCUAUGAGAAGAUGGAGAUGGACAACGAAGGUCGUAUAGACAAGGUUGGAGAAGCUUUGUUGGAGCAGCUCGAUGACUUAUUGAAGCUAGAAAUGAGCGACGGCCUCAUGAAAACCGUCAUUCAGCUUGUGAAGUUAUGUGGGCGGCACUUGGAUGCUUCAACCGUGACGGAACCGCAGAUGAACCAACUGCUCACGAAAAUGGUAGCGUUUGCGAAAGGACACCCGCAACUUAGCGAAAUGGUCAAAUCUCAAAUCAUGAGUGUGGUUGAAAUGCGAAAAAACGCAUGGGGAUUGAAUGUGCGUGGAAAUGGCCAUUCUGAAUCAGUUCCAUCUUCGUCUUCGCGACCUGUAUCACACGUUGAUAGCGGUGUCAUUAUUGGUGAAGAUGGUUCCGCACUAGAACUUAAUGAAGAGGAGCGCUCGUUCCUAGAAUCGCAAUUCAACGCAAUGGAUGGUUUGGAUGAGGUUGAUCAAGACCAGUCAUUUGACGAACAAGAAGUUCUCAAGGACUUCGGGGACUUCGUCAAGGAAGAAGAGGAACGUAAGACGACCUCAAUGAUGGAAAAGCUGAAAGUGUGCGAAAAUGAGACUGAGAAGAAUGAGAAGGAUAACUAA